UACAAAUAUAGGUUGUCUUUGAAGUCGAACUGAAUUUGCCUGUUUGAUUGAAAUUUCCGCAUUUUGAUUUGUGUGACAAGUGCUUCCACUAUGUGCCUUAAUUCACCCGCGGAUACCAGCAACACGGCUGGUACAGCUACAUUCACUAGCAGAACUGUAGAACGCCGUAGCGCUGUUGGAGUGCUCGCUGAUCGCAUGAAGGACUUGUUGGCCAACAGAGACUUCAGCGAUGUGCAGUUCGUGGUGGGAGUCCAAUUCGGUCCCGAGAAAAUAUUCCCCGCGCACAAGAGCAUCCUAUGCAGCAGCAGUGGUGUAUUCUACAAUAUGAUUUGCAACAGCGUGGCUGAAACGUGCUCACUGAUUAUUCAUUUUCCGGACAUUCCUUCCGACGCGUUCGCCAGUCUGCUCAGUUAUGUGUACACUGAUUCCGUGGAAAACAUCAAUGCGGACAACGUCUUCCCGACUCUGCAGUGUGCUGAUAAAUUUGCUAUGCCGUUCUUGGCGGACACCUGUUGCGCCUUCAUCAUCCAGCACGUGAAUGCAGACAACUGCCUGACCAUGCUGGAAAAUGCCAUCCGUUGGAGUCCCGAUCGCGAUAGCAUCCCGGAGAAAUGCCUUGAGAUUGUGGAAGCUUCCGGCGACACUAUUCUGCAAUCGGAGCUGUUCAGUAGCAUCGGGCACGAUAGUCUGCAGAUGAUUCUGCAGCGUUCAUCUCUUUCCGCUGACGAGAAUACUGUCUACUUGGCCGUUGAAAAGUGGGCUGGAAAGGCUUGCGAGAAACGCAACUUGGGGCCGUCUGCCGCCAACCGACGCGAAGUGUUGGGAGCAGCGCUCUUCCUGGUUCGCUUUCCGCUCUAAAGCGAUGCAGAACUGGCAGUUGGCCCGAUUAAGAGUGGUCUACUGCUGCCCACCGAACUGCACGACCUAUUCCUGCACAAACACACCCCGGAAAAGCAAACACUUCCAUUUUCAUCGGAACCGCGCAACUCCGUGAAGCAGCACAUCGGCCAAACAUCAUUUAGCUGUAGAAGGCGCCUCUGACUGGUGUUCGGGGAAGUCCAGACCCCGCAAAGUGUCGUUUGCGGAGGACGACUGCGGUGGUUGGUAUGCGGAAAAUACACAUAUUGCUGCAAUGAUGAGAAAUUCUCGUCUGGUAGCGCCGACGCGAACGCACGCUCAUCACAGUCCAGCGGUGGACAUUCUUCAGCGCGCCCACCAGAGAGUGGAUGGUUUGCCGCGGCGGGAAAUGGAUUAUGUAAAUGCGGAGAGGCGGCGGGGCGCGGUCUCAAGAAGUGCGGCGCUGCGGUUGGCAGCUGGUUGCCGCGAAAGCGCCGUUAAGGUUGCGGAUCUGACGCUUCCGGAGACAGUCUUCCUAGAGUAGGCUGAGAUGCAGUCUACAGCAAGCUGCUCGAAUAAGUCCCCUUUAUUGUGUAUGCUGACUAUUGCUGAGAUCCGCGCAUAUUGCGCUGAAAGCAUUCUAUCACAGAUGCAGUUACAAAUCACUUUAUUGUAUUGGUGUAUUUUGUGAAAUACUUGCGCUUCUGUUUUGUUUCAAGAUCUGUCUUGCAUCUGUGUUGUUACAACAUUUGAUAAUCACGUUCUAUAUGUAACGGGCACAAUGAGGAUGGCACCGGAGCAUUUUUUUGUUGAAAGGAUCAGUUAAAAAGCCAAUUGUGAUUACGGGCUUGGCUGUUGAC